CUGGGUCUUUCUUUUUUUUCUUUUCUUUCGUUUUCGCUCCAUCCCCAUCAUGACCCAUUGUUCCAUGUUUGUAGUGGUGCGCGGCAUGUCCAAUGACGAUCAUGGCCACAGCGAGACAUGCUCCUUUUUGACAAAACAAAACGACACGUUGAUUCUCGCUCCUUUUCAAAAACGUUUCACUAUUGACAGUUCCGUGACAUUGCUCGAUCCGACAUCCACAUCCCUUCUUGACACCACAUGUAACAUGGUCAAUCGAUUCUUGGAAGGUGAUGAUGCUUCUAUUAUCACCAAGGGACCGUUGAGGUUCAUCGAGCAGAGUCACAGUGACUUGAUUAGUUAUGCGAGCGAUGUGUUAUUUCAACAGUACGGCGAGAAAACCGGUCGCAGUGUAAAUACGUUACAUACCCAUGGACGGCAGGCCCGUCCAGUGCGACUUCGAACCACUUCCAUGAUCGAUCUUCGAACCACCACUUCUUUGACGGAUCAUCGUUACACAUUCAAGGUGUGCAUGGUGGAAUUACAUAAUGAUCACGUCUACGAUUUGCUCGGUGAUACAAAGGUCAUUGAUCAUUGCCUGGAACGGACAGUGUCCAGCACGCAUGAUAUGAAAAGAUUUUUUAAUCAAGGAAUGAAACGACGGUUACACAACUCGUCGCAUUGUAUAUUUUCGAUUUUGUAUAAACAAGAAGUGUGGAUCAGUAAACCCAAAAACGAUGGGUCCAAAUCCACACCUUUGCGACGGCAACAGGGAAGCUUUUUGCGUGCAAACAGCUCCCCCAGUGUCAAAGAGAUCAUUGGUCAAAUGGAAAAGCAAGCACGGAACAAGCGAAAGGAUACCGAAGGCGAAUGGACCGUCAAGCAAUCCCAUCUUCACUUUAUCCUUACUACCGAUAGUGUCAAGGCGGUGACAGAAACCCUUUGUCAGUUUCCGACAAUGCCAUCCAUGUAUCACAAUUUAAUGGCGGCCGAUGAACGGUGUCCUAUGCUGGUGAUAGCGUGUAUCAGUAUCCACGAAGCCGAUCUAGCCGAAACCGUCGCCACGCUUGAAUGUUUUGGCAAAGCAGUAAAAGAACAAGACGAACCGAUAAGCGAUGGCAAUGAUACAGACAUGGUGCGGAAACUUCGCUUGGAAUUGCUUGACUAUCAAAAGAACCAGCAGGAACUGAUGGAUGCUCGAGCACUGCAAAGUGAACAAAUCGCCGAACUGGAAAGGACGGUCGCCACCAUGGAUGGAUCGCUUAAAGAACGGGAACAUGAACUUCGAGAAGUAUAUUCACAGAAUAUGCAAUGGGAAAAACUGUGGAACGAUCUGCUGUAUCAGCAUGAACAGUAUAAGCAAAAAGUCGAUCAAGCUGCUGUAUCGAUGGAAAAGGAGAUGACGCAGGAAAUCGAACGAUUGAAACGAGCAUACGAUAUAUGCAAAGAAAAAGAACAGAUCUACCACGACCAACUGGCGGAUGCUCAGGAGAACAAUGCCGUGUUACGGAAGCAUAUGUGGGAAAACGAACAGGGCACGCAAAUUAGUUUGAGAUUACGGUUGGAGGAAUUGGAACGUUGCAAAUUGGAUCUCGCACGGUAUCGAGCGCUGGAGAAAAGUCAAACGGCCAUGAUUGUUGGAUUGGAGCGAAAACAAGCAGAGAUGGACACGUACACUGCGAACCUAUGUCAACAACUAACCCAGCGUGAUGGCGAAAUCGACCACUUGAAAAAGUGUUGGAAGGAAGAAAUCGAGAGAAAAGAGAAAUGGCAAGAGCAAUCACAAGAUUUGCAACGACAAGUUUCAUCCAUGGUGAAGGAACGCCAGCGACUGGAAAUGACGAUCCGGUACAUUGAUCACCGACUUCAGCAUCAGGAUGAUCGAUUUGACCAAUUGUAUACCACGUACGAAGAUCAACAGCAUGCUUUUCGCCAACGCAAAAAGGAGUACCAGGAGAUGGUGGCAAUCUUGGAAACGGACAAUGCGCGUUUGAAAAGCGAGAUCAUGGAUUUUAAGCAGCGUUUGAACGAGCAGGAGAUGUUGGUGGACACACUGCAAAAGCAACAAAAAGUGUCGCUCAUUGAUCAGCAGCGGACACGCGCUCUGGAAAGUCGUGUGGAGGAACUGGAUGCUACGGUGGAACAGAUGAGCACGGACAAACAAAAGGCGGAACAAGUGCACUACAACCUUGUACGAGAAUUGGCGAAAUCGGCGGCUUUUGAGAAAAAGAUUCAAGCAUUGGAACAAACCAUGGAGGAGGAACGCGCGCUGGUCCGCGCGAAUGAUCACACAGGCAUGAUUGAGAAAUUGGAAGACAAGAUCAAGGCGCUUGAAAAAGCCAAACAGACGGAACAGGAAGACUUUGAAGCCAGUUACGAGAUUGCAUUGAACGAUCUGGAAACGUCGCGUCACACCAUUGCAGCUCAGCAGAGAAUCAUUGAUUCGCUUCGGAGAGAGUCGCACGGACUGCACGGCCCCGGAUCGUUGGAAGACUCGUCUUUCCGAUCCAUGUCGGAUCACUUGCCUACUAUGCCAAACUAUCGUGUAAGGUCUCCGGAUAUGAAAUCACCGCGACACAUGCUUCUUGAUUAUGGCCGAGCCACCAGAUAUCGGGACCAGGACAAGUCCAUCACGAGCCGACCCACGUCGCCUUCUCGAUCCGUUCAAAUGUCGGUCCGGUCUCUGUCACCCCCGCCGUCUGAGACCAUGAGCUGCAAAAGACGGGAAGAUCAAGGGGAUACCACGCCCAAGCAGCGCGGAUCGAUCCAUUCGGUAUCGUCUGACUCGGGGUUGCGAUCGUUCCCAAGCUUGCGGUCCGUUUCUCAAUCACAGCCACCACCACCAGGGGCCCAUGACCGGGCCAUGUCACCCAUGUCAUUUGCACCGUCUCCACCGCCCUCCAAUCCACUUCCUCCGAUUCCUGACACCAUGCCCAUGUACCCUAUCCGAUCCAGUGCGAGUACACCGAUCCCCACGGGCACCAGUCAUUCGGUGAUGGAAGAUGGCGAAAGUUCGCGAACCAGUUACCAACGGAUCAUUGAUCAGGCCGACAGUGAUAUCAGGGCCCACCAACACAUCAUUGGCAAGCUGGAAACGCAGUUAUCUCGUUCCGAGUCCAAAACGAGAGAAACAAAGAAACAAUUGGACGUGUUAUUACACGAAAAACACAGCAAUGAUCGUGAACUGCAAAUGUUGAAAGAACACAUUGUGCGUCUCGAGCAAGAAGCGGAAGGCAAUCGGCAACACCUAGAGUCACGGUUGCAUCAGGAACGACUGUUGAAAGAAAAGGCGGAAAAGGCGCGAGCCAUUCUAGAAGAUCGAUUAGACACAUUGAUGAUGACGCAUAAAAGGAGCAAAUUUAUGUGCUUUUAAUAUCUUGGACUUGCCAAUAUCACCACUCUUAUAUAUCAUUUGAUUAA